CCUGUGACGCGAGGAAAUUUUAAACUCUCGUCCUUCUCAGUGAUGGCGGCUUCGUUUCGUUCUCUCCCUUCAAACUGUAACAACAAAUGGUACUACUCCCGGCAGCAGAUCGACAACAACCCCUCUCGGCGAGCUGGACUUGACCCGGACAAGGAGCUGUCCUACAGACAACAGGCGGCCAACCUCCUCCAGGACAUGGGCCAGCGGCUCAAUGUAUCCCAACUAACUAUUAAUACAGCUAUUGUGUACAUGCACCGGUUUUACAUGGUCCAGUCAUUUACAAGGUUUCACAGAAACGUUAUUGCUCCAGCCGCUCUUUUCCUCGCCGCGAAGGUUGAGGAGCAGCCCCGAAAGUUGGAGCAUGUAAUCAAGGUGGCACAUGCAUGUUUAAACCCUCAGGAGCCUUCACCGGACGUGCGCAGCGAUGCUUACCUGCAACAAGCCCAAGACCUGGUCAUUCUUGAGAGCAUAAUUCUCCAGACCCUGGCUUUUGAAAUCACCAUCGAUCAUCCUCACACUCAGGUUGUCAAGUGCACUCAGCUCGUGAGAGGUAUUCCAGCCAGUAAGGAUCUGGCCCAAACAUCAUACUUUAUGGCCACCAACAGUCUGCACUUGACCACGUUCUGCCUGCAGUACAGUCCACCCGUCGUUGCCUGCGUGUGCAUCCAUCUGGCCUGCAAGUGGUCCAACUGGGAAAUCCCCGUCUCCACCGACGGGAAGCACUGGUGGGAGUAUGUUGACCCCACGGUUACCCUGGAGCUGCUGGACGAGCUCACCCACGAGUUUCUUCAAAUCUUGGAGAAAACGCCGAGUCGACUCAAACGAAUUCGAAACUGGAAGGCUGGAGGUCAGACGCCAAAAGUCAAGCCAAAGGUCCAGGAGGACGGUGACCAAAGGGACACCAUGAUCAACAUGAUCUCCAUGGUCUCUCCUGAGAGCACCGUGGCGGGUCUGAUGAGCCUCUCUGCUCCGCCGUCGGCCUCCUCUUCCUCGUCUGUGGGUGACAAGGAGCGGGCGGAACCGGGCAGCGCUGCGACGUGGAGCGGAAAAGGUCCGGUUGGGACCGAGGCGCCGCCCAGCCACGAGGUCCACGCCCCCGCCAAGGUGUCGCUGAGCGAGUACCGGGCCAAGAACGCUGACGUCCUGGCCGCCCAAAAGAGGAAGCUGGAGAACAUGGAGGCCAGCGUGAAAAGGGAAUACGCCAACGCGGCUCAGGCUCUGAUUGGUCAGCACAGGAAGCAUCAUCACCAGCAGUCCAGCUCCUCCACGUCGUCCGACCUCAACCCCUCGCCCAUUAUCCUCAAAAUCCCCCUGGAGAAGGAGCGGACCGACAAACAUCUGAAAAUGCGUUUUCCGAUGCACGGCGGCGGCGACAAAGGCCAGGAUCCGGACAUUAAAGUCAAAAUACGGGUGCCGGAGAAGUCUAGGGGGGCUUCUGGGGAGGAGGGCAAAGUCAGGGACAAACACAGGGACCGGUCCAACCAUCAUCAUCAUCACCACCAAAAUCACCACCACCAUCAUUCCUCCUCCGGCGCCGCCUCGCUGUCCUCACACAAACACUCGUCCGGCUCCAGUGGCUCGCUGGGGGGCAGCAAAAAAGUCCCCGGCGAUUCCUCCAGGUCCAGUUCUUCUUCCUCUUCCAGCUCCCGAAAGAGGACGCAUUCCCAGGACCCGCUGGCAGGCUCCCACCCCGCCUCCAAGGUCAGCAAGAGCUCCAGGAACCCCUACCAGCUGCCAGCCCUGUCUUCCUCAUCGGGACAAACUCUGGGUCACGGUUCCGACGUUCUGCCUUCCCUGGGCCUCUCCCACCACCCGGGGGCUUUCUCCCACUCAAAGGGGGACAAGAUGGACACCAAUGGGCACGGGUCGGCGGGCGGGGCCCAGUCCAACGAGUACCAGGACACGUUUGAAAUGCUGAACUCGCUGCUGAGCGCGCAGGGCGUCCAGCCGACUCAGCCGUCCAUGUUCGACUACCGGUCCCAGUACCCGGACUACCGGUUCCCCGGGGGCUCCAGGGGGAGCAACCCCAGACCCCCGCCCCUGCCUUCAGAACCGCCGCCCCCUCUGCCACCGCUACCCAAAUGAGUUUCUGACCAGGAGACUGUUUAUCUUUAUGAUUCUUUCUUUUUUUUUACUUGAAAUCACAUGCAUCCGUCUUGUCAUGUAAAAGUGUUGUAAAGGAUUUUAGAUUUUUUUUAUUAUUAUUAUUACUUUAUUCACCCAGCAUUGUUUUUUUUUUUUUUUAACGUAUGUUUCAGGGUGACAGCAGAGAAAUGUAAUAAUGCGGUUUGAGUUUUUUUUUCUCCAAUUAACGUCAGGCAAUAAUGAAUUUUAAAGCCUUGCAAACGUGAAAGAACAAAGAUAAUUUUAUGUUUUCCUCUUCUGCUCAAUUCCAAGGAAAUGUGACGAUAGGACGGAGUUCAUGUCGAUGAACUACUUCACACUGCCAUCAACUAUCUUUUAGCCCUUUUUAUACUGUUUUUUUUAUAGUAUGUUAUUUAUUGAGUGCUUUAAAAAGAAAAAAACAGAAAAAUAAGUCGACCUCUUUAAGGAUCCCUCCUGUAUGCGCAGGGCGAGACGUUUUCAUCACGACUGUACAGGCGAGUUUGAGAGUGCAUGUCAACAAAGCCAUGUUUUUAAAUGUUUCCUUUUUUUAUUUUUAUUUUUUAAAAAGGAAAAAAAAAAAACCUUCAGCCUCCAUACCGUGGCGCUGUUUUAUUUGUAUGAAGAUUGUAUCGUGGAAUCAUUUUCUUUAUUUUGUUACUGAAAACGACAAAAAAACAACAAAGAAAUGUAAAGUAAUGAAGCUUGUACUGUUUAGUUUUUAAGUGUUGCAGUCAUUGUUUUAAAUGGUUGUAAAAUGUUCAUAUUCAGUUAUUUGGUAAAUACACUAGCUUCAUACAGUGGGCAGACGCCUCUUCAGAAGGUUUAAUCAUAUCUAGCCAGUAUGUUCAUUAUGAAGGACAGACAGACGUGUAUUAUCAUCUUUGAUGGAUUUAUUAGGGUGUUUAAAUGUAUAAUCCCUCAUGUUAACACUGUUCUGUUUUACUCACGUUAAAGUUGGCUUUUGGCUUUCGACAUGCAGAUUUUAUUAACCUUGAGCGUGUUCUUUUAAAUCCAUCCAAAAAUGACCACUUUUGACAAUAGUCUUGGCACGUCCUCCAUAGCUACAGUCCUAGAUGAGCGUACCUCCAUCCCACAAUCUUGAACAUGUAGCCCCCUCAGAGAAUGUUUAAAUUUAUGCUUUAGCAGAUAUACUAUUUGUUGGCUGUACAUUUCAUUCACAUAAAGCUUUAUAUGGGUUUGAUUGUGAUAUUACUGCUCUUAACCUGCUUCUUUUUUCAUCAGUUUUUAUGUAAAAAAUGUUUAAAGCGGAUUUUGAUAAGGCAGUACAAUAAAUCAGCCAUGCAAUUGUAUUUCAUUCCCCUCAUAAAUGAUAAAUAUGCUGGAAAAGAGACUUUUUCUGGGGGCUUUUAGUUGUCACAGGGAAAUGGUGAAUGCACUGAAUAUUUAUCUUUGUAGGUGAGCCUACAAUUAAAUUGAUGAAGUGUUACAUGUAUAAUGGUAAAACUACUAGAGUAGAUUUCCAAUAUAUUGUCAUUUUUAGAACAAAUUAUCUAAUUGGGACAAAAGUUUCAGUUUAAGUAUUAUGCUGUGAGAAUAAGGACUUUUUGAAAGACCAUAUAUAAAGUGAAUGGAAGACACUCAUGCAACCUAACAAUGCAAAAAAAAAAAAAUCACAUUUACAAAA